AUUUUUACCUCAAGUGAGAAAUGACAAGGUAUUGGCGGGAAACUAGCACGCUCCAACUCUCAAAAAAGGGGAAACAGGCAAAUCUCCUAAAUCCCGCGCCCUUCCCAAAUCUCUAUCCCGCUCCUUUCUCUCUCUCUCCAUCUCCAUCUGCAAAAUUGGAGAAAACCAGUGGAUCUCCAGCUCCGCCGCCGUUACCGUGCUAUUUCUCUCCUCCAAACUCGCUAUGAGAACUCACUCACCCGUCGCCGGACACGAACUCGCCGUACGGGAGCCGCUCUCCGUCGUCACCAACACCGCCGCCGCGGGCUCCGAUUCUCAAAAGGCAUGGCACCUUCUAUAUCUAGUUUUUUCAAUCGGCCGACCGGCGACGCUUCUGGAGGUAGCAUCUCGCUGCGCUCCAUUCCGAGCGACGCCCGAUCUAGUCCGCAGUCUUUGCUCGCUCCUGGACUCGCCUAUCGCGUUAACCUGCAGUGGCCGAAACGGCGCCUGCGUGACCGCUUCUAUGCUCGGCCGGCAGGCCAUUAGGAGGUUCUGGUCUAAUUCCGAGUCGAUUCACCGGUUUCUGAUUUUGAUUGGUGUGGGAUUGGGCGUUGAUUUAGUCGGAGGAUCGCCGCCGCUUCAGGAUUCAGUGAGGAUUUACUUCAAUAAAAGGAAGCGCAUCGGAUUCGUCCCUCAAGGAGACGCGGAGAAUGAAGAUCCAAAUGUUUCUCGUCCUGUCAAAAGAAUUCGUACUGUUGGAUUGAAGGUUCCUUUCUUUUUGUCGAAAUUGAUGGAAAGUAGCGUAAGUAAUUUGACUCCGUUUCCAGAAUGCUUUCCAAAAACCGUAGUCAGUAGGUUAGAUUAUAGACUGAAGGACAACAGACAUAUAGAAGAUGAGUACGAUCUAACUGCAAUAUCGGAAGGAGAUGAGGAGAAAACAGUUUCUAAUGCUGAGGUUUCCGAGGAGUUUUGUAUUCAAGGUGUGAAAAGUGACGAUCUCAUGGAAGUCAUGCUAAGUACUAUGGCACUGAUUCCGGAAUGGUCUCCAGAAAUUGUUCUCAGUAGAUUAGAUUGUAGACUGCAGGAUGCCAAGCAGAUAGAAGAUGAGCAUGUUUCAACUGCAAUAAUGGAAAGAGAGAAGCAGAAACCAGUCAGUUCUGAUGGGCAUAUGGACAUAAUGGUAAAUGAUAGAGUUCAUGUUCCAGAAUGCUUGUUGAAAACAGUUGAAAGCAGUUCAGACUCUAGAUCGAAGGAUGCCAUGCAGCUAGAAGAUGAGCCUAUUCCAACUGCAAUAGUGGAAGGUAAGGUGCAGAAAGCAGUUGCUUCAGCUAGGAAAGUUGAUAAUCAUGAAUCAGACCGUGAUGUUAUAGUAAAUGAGAAGGUAGAACACUGCAUAAGAAGCAAUAUAGAAGCUGGAACUUGCAAUAGAGAAGUCCAGGAUAGUACUAUGAUUCCAGUGGAGUGUGAGAUGAUUGUUAAUGACUCCUUUGAUUCCAGUAAUAAGAUCGGCGAUGAAGGUUUAGAGAUCAUACAUGAUAGAGAAAUUGAGUUCGGUGGAACUCAAACAGAAGCUGGAACAAGCAGUGUGGCACUAAAAACUGGCCUUUGUGGCAUGCCAACUGCAAAUGGAUGUGAAGAAACGAAAAUCGAGGCAACUUCAAUAAAAGAACUGGUUACCAUUGUUGGUAGCAUUCAAACAGAAGCUAGACCUAGCAUUGCAACACUUAAAACUGGCCUCUGUGGCAUGCCAAUCGAAGAUGGCUGUGAAGAAAAAAAGAUGCAGGAAUGUUUGAAAAAAGAGCUAGUUACUACUGAUACAAACAAAGAGGAUUGCUUUAAGACACUUGAUUUAUCUGUUACCGAGAAACAUUUGCAGAAGUCCUCUGCCAAGACUAGGUUUGCAAAGGGAAAUAGAAUGUCUUCAAGGCAUCAAGCUCUCCGCAAGUCCAUUGAUAAAGUCAAACCCGAAAGCCCGGUCAAAAGGCAGCAGGGAAAUGAGCACCACAUAAGACAUUCCAUUCCCCCAACUUCAAAGCGAAAACAUGACGAUGUGCAAGCAAGAGAAGGAAGGAAGGAUGCUGCUGCUGCUGCCACUUCCAAUGUAAGAUCUAAUACAGAAAGCUGUGAUCAAGUCGAACCGAAAGGCCUACCUACCUUUGAAUCAUACAUUGUUGACGAGGAGGAAGGUUCAGGUGGCUAUGGUACUGUAUAUAGGGCAAGGAGGAAAGGCAAUGGAGGGACUGUUGCCAUAAAAUUCCCUCAUGCAAAUGCACAUAAACAGCAUGUUACCAAUGAGCAAAGGAUGCUGGAGAGGUUUGGGGGUAGAAACUAUAUCAUAAGAUAUGAAGGCCAUUUCAAGAGUGAAAAUUCCGACUGUUUUGUUCUGGAGCAUGUUGAGCAUGAUAGACCUGAGGUAUUGAAGAAGGAAAUUGAUCUGGUUCAGAUCAGGUGGUACGCAUAUUGCCUAUUCAGAGCACUUUCCAGUCUUCAUAAGCAGGCAAGAGGGAUUGUUCAUAGAGAUGUCAAACCUGGCAACUUUCUUUUCUCUCGCAAGGCUAAUAAGGGUUAUCUCAUUGAUUUCAACCUUGCCUUGGAUCUGCACCAGAAGUGUGGAGCAAAUACCAAAUUCAGGACCGGGAAUGACAAAAGUUUCAGCGAUGCAAUGCUAAACAAGUCAGAACCUUUUCAACCUGUCAAAGCUGGGAGGGCUCAGAAUCUGAAGUCUUUGGAUGUAAGUCGUGAAGAAUCUAAAGGCUCAAAGACCUGGAAAAAGAAGGCUGGUAACGCUUUGAAAGCUCAGAAUGACAUGCGUGGAUGGAAUCUCACACAAAGUCAGGGAGCAGAAGGCUCAGGGGUAACAUCCGUGAAAGACUUGACCAGUAAUAGGACUCCUUCAGCCGAAAGGCUAAGAGAGCCUUUACCAAGCCACGGCAGGAAGGCGCUCCUGAGUUUGUUGCAUGAAACAAUGAACUCCCCGAAUCACGAAGCAUCCAGCGCUCCAUCUUCUACGAGGAAGAGGGUUGCAGCUCCUCCUUCGAAGGUUGAUGGAAGGCUUCUUUAUGUCUCUCCAAUGCCUUUGCAACCUUCUGGGAUGGCUGUCACACUUAAUGGAUUUACCAAGGGCAAAGACGGGAAGUUGAAGAAAGAAGGUCCUUGUGUGGGAACAAAAGGCUUCCGUGCACCAGAGGUGUUGUUGAGAUCACAGUAUCAAGGUCCCAAGGUUGAUUCUUGGUCAGCUGGGGUAACCUUACUGUAUCUAAUGAUUGGAAGAACGCCUUUCUAUGGUGAACCUGAACAGAACAUAAAAGAGAUAGCAAAGUUGAGGGGUAGUGAAGAUCUCUGGGAAGUUGCGAAGUUACAUGACCGUGAAUCCUCGUUUCCACCGGAACUGUACAACGCUCAAUCCCUACAAUCUCUACCACUCCGGGAAUGGUGCAAGAUCAAUACAAAACGGCGUGGCUUCCUUGAUCAGAUGCCUUCAUCACUGGUCGACCUCGUUGACAAGUGUUUAACCGUAAACCCGAGGUCCAGAAUCAGCUGUGAGGAUGCUUUGAAGCAUGAGUUUUUUGCUCCACUGCAUGAGAUAAUCAAGAAGCACAAGCUUGCUCGUGAGGGCGAUUCGACUGCAGCAGCUGGACCGGGCACCACCAGGGUUCCCUUGCACAAACGAAACUCGGUCGAGCCCUUGGCCAAUCUCAUUUGACCAUGGAUCCUCAAUGGUUGAAUCGUUUGUUGGUUAUUAUUAGGUUAGCCAGCUCCCUAAAUAUCAUUGUGAUGCUUCUAAUUGACUGAAAUGUUGUGUAAAAAUGCCUUCACUAACAUGUAAGCCUUCUUAGUUUUUGAACUUUUGAUCUGGUCUUUGUCAAAAAAGUGACGAAGCUCCAUUUGUAACAUUGUGGUUGUAAUUGUAGUUGUAGGCCGGUUGGGAAACUAGCAGU